AUGAAUACUUUGCUCAAAGUCGAUUUCGCAGAUUUUCCACAGGAACCUUGUCAAAUAUCAUUGGAGCCGUGCGGCUUCAGCAAAUGGUGUGAAACAUUCCGCAUUGAUGUCGUCCUGGUGAGCGGCACGACAGAAUCCUUUUUCUUGAAGGUCCAGAAUGGAAAUGCCUAUGGUAGAAUGAUGCAGGGCACCUUUGCAUCCGAGUCAGUCUUCCAUCAAUACAUUCCUUCCCACGUUCCCAGACCCAUCGCAUGGGGUAAUUAUGCAUCGAAACCUGAGCGAUGGUUCUACCUCAGCGCCUUCCAUGGCUUCGAGGACAAGACACCUGGUGUCCACUCUGUUGUCUCCAUCGUAACCCAGUUCCACGACGCCUCUCGAGGCAAAUCUCCGACAGGCAAGUUCGGCUUCCACGUACCCACCCACCUGGGCAAUGUCCCAAGCAACAACGGGUGGGAGGCUUCUUGGGAGACGUGGUUCGCCAAAGCAAUGGUAAGGAUCAUGGAAAUUGAAGAGGCCACACAUGGUAGAAGCAAGGAAAUUGACAGCAUGAAAGACGCUCUUUUCAAGAAGGUGAUACCGCGGCUUCUCCGACCACUUGAAACCCACGGCCGUAGCGUCACGCCCACGCUCAUUCAUUCAGACAUCCAUACCGAUAACAUCAGGUACGAUGCUUCAACCGGACAGACUAUGCUGUUCGAUUCCUGCGCAUUCUGGGGUCAUACCGAGGCCGAACUCGCCACCUGGAGAUCCGAGCGAUACCAGAUGGGAAGAGCCUACAUAGAUGAAUACGUGAAGAGGAUGGGAGUGAGCGAGCCGAUUGAGGACUUCGACGACAGGAACAAACUGUACUGGCUUCGCUAUGAAUUCUUGUCGUCGGUGUUGCAUGCUUACAAUCUGGUUGGACGACAGCGCGCAGUGAAGCAGAUGAGAGAGCUCGUGCUGAAGUAUCCGGAGGGGUAUACCGAGGAUGAAAGCAACGAUAAGUAA